AUGGCUGAACCGGAAUUGAAGCCGAACCAUGUGGAAGCGGGUUCCUUCAAGUACCAGGUCGAGUACAAGUACCGUCAGGAGUGGAUCCUGGAGAACUACGACAUGCUGACGACGAUCAGGCCGGGCAUGGAUCCGCGCAUGGUCAUCAGGUCGCAGAGCUUCUACUCGCCGUGCGACGGCAGCGACUACGAGUGGCGGCUGAUCCUCUAUCCGAACGGCCUCGAGGACAAGACCCACGUCUCGCUGUUCGUCGAGUACCUCGACGAGGACAACGUGAUAGCCAGCGUGAGGCUGUCGAUCCUCGACGCCGAGCGCAACAGCUACGUCGAGGCGUUCGUGCGCGGCAGGAACUUCCACGCCCGGGACCGGGUUUACGGCGCCACGAGGCUGCUGCCCAAGUAUCUGCUGGACGAGCCCUACGGCGUCGUCACCAAGAAUCAGGAGCUGCACGUCGUCUGCGAGGUCAGCCUGGACCACGUGCCCAAGCAAUCGCGCCGACUGCUCCACCUGAGCUGGCGCUCCAUCGAGUUCGAGAGCUACGCGAGGCUCUACAACGAGGGCCAGCCCGGCUCCGACAAGGACGUCGUUCUGACGACCUCGGACAAGAAGAAGCUCUACCUGCACAAGCUCAUACUGCAGUCGCGCAGCCAGAUCCUCAAGACGAUGCUCGAGCUCAAGAAGCCGGAGAACGGCAAGAUCAACAUCUACAUCGAGGAUUACGAUUACAAGACGCUCAAGGAAGUCUGUCGAUUCAUCUACUGCGGCAGGGUCGAGGUCAUGGACGGUCUCGCGGCCGACAUGCUGGUGGCGGCCAAGUCGCUCGAGAUGCCGGGCUUGGCCUACAUCUGCGAGCAGUACCUCAUGGACAGCAUCACGGCCAACAAGGCCAUGGGCUAUCUGCAGCUGGCCGAAAAGGCCCACUCCGAGAAUCUCAAGGUCAAGACCCUGAAUUACAUCGCCUUCAAUUCGGCCAAAGUGAUCCGGGCGAAGGAGGACGACUUCGAGGAGUCCUGCGAGAAGCUCAAAAAGAAGACCGUAGCCGAGCUGCUUCAAGUCAUGUCCGAUAUGAUAAAUAGGGAAGAAGACGACGACGACGACGACGACGACUUAUGA